AACACGGGAGGCGCAAGAAAACGGUAAUGUAUCAAGUCUCGCGAGGUUUGAUUCUCAGCGGCCCCGCCCUCUGAGAGACGCUGGGUCUCUGCAAAGCCCCCGCAGCUCCUGUGUGAUCCUGUAAGUGUUUGGGAAGGAAAGCGGGCUCGCUCGCCUCCGAGGCUUUCCUCUGGCUGCCUGCUGCCCUUUGAAGCCAUGGGGGUAAGAGAAAGCUUCACCUGUGCAAAGACAACUUGAAGUGUGGAAACUGUGCUGAGGUUUCAGAAAAAUGGCAAUAUCUACGAUUAAUGGACAGCCACCCUCUCAAAGGGGGCAGGGGAAGUGCCACAAUGGUGCAGAAAUGCAAACUGUGCUCCCGAGAAAACUCCAUAGAUAUCUUAAGUCAUACAAUGAAGCCUUACAAUGCUGAAGACAAUGAGACAUUUAAGACCAUAGUGGAGUUUGAGUGCCGUGGCCUAGAACCAGUGGAUUUUCAACCACAGGCUGGGUUUUCUGCAGAAGGCGCAGAAUCUGGCACACGUUUUGAUGACAUCAACUUGUUGGAAAAGGACUGGAAUGACUACGAUGAAAAAAUAAAGGAAUCUGUUGGCAUCUAUGAAGUGACACAUAGGUUUGUCAAAUGUUGAAGCUAUUGUUUUGUGUGGGAUCAUUUUCUAUGUGGCCAUGUUUAAAUUGUGUUUACAGAACCUAGAAUAAAAGUCUUAUACUUUCUGCAGGGUUUGUUUUUCAACACUUGUGGACUUAGCUUUUUUAUUAUACCAAACUCUAAAUAUAAAUGCAAAUAAGAAUAUUUAUGCAGAAAAAUAUACUAGUUUUUAUCAUGCUUACAGUUUGGUUAAUGCUGGGAUUGCCUCUUCAAAGAAUUUGAUUAAGGUUUAUUCCUGUAAGGCCCAAGAGCUUUCAUAGGAGGGUGGGAAAGAUGCUUGCUCACCUAUUGUAAUAACUAUUAUUGCCAUUAAAGUUCUUGGCUUCUCUCACA